CUCCUGUUCCCGUGGACACGAAUAGUUUUAGAGACCUUUCCAUAGCACAGAUCAACUUUGCGAUGUUGGGAGUUUGUGAGAAACUCCGAGAGGCGGACGCGAAGGGCAGGAGGUACGGACUAGCCUGUGCGGAGACAGGCUACCUCCGUGCCCUGGUGGACGCCAUGGCUGACAUGGACAGGUUGGCGGAAGUGGAGCUGCUCAAAAGUCUGGGCGACGUUAACAUGGAGAAGGGAAGACUCGGGAAGGACGCAGGGAAGUUCAACAGGGCCUUGGCGCUUUACGUGGCUGCUAUGGCCCGGUGUAACCAUCGGGAUCAGGGAAAAGGUUUAGAACACCGAUUCAAAUACACGGAGAAGCUUUUGCAGAGGGUGUGGUCAAAGGGGUCACAGGAUAAGGAGCAGCCAACUAAAGACAAGGAAACGACUUCACCUGCAAAGGUGGCAGGAAAGUUUCAAGAUAUGGACAAGAAAUGGAAUGCCGGUGGUGACACAGACUCUGUGAUGGUUGGAUACGCACAGUUGAUGGUAGAGGGAAUAGUAAGCGACAACAACACGUUAGAAACAGACGCGAUCAAAAGUCUUGGUGAUGUGUACCUGGAAAGAGCAACAGAAACUAGAGACACUAGGUACUUGACCAGAGCUACUGCUCUGUACAACACGGCACUGGCGCGGUGUAACAACGUACAGGGAACAGUGGCCAUUGUCCACCGCUUACUACACACAGCAACAGUCAGGAAAGCGAUCACUACAACAAUCACACAAAGGUCAGCACGUACGCAGCGUCAGCAAGACGUUAGAGGACGGAAAGACCACUUCUUAGCUGCGCCGUCAAUUGACGUCAUCAAAGACGGAAUGCACCGUCUACACAGUGCGCUUGAAUUACAGAAAGCUGAAAACCCGACACGAGUUGACGAUAACAAUAGAUACGAAGAACAUCUUCAUGCUGGCUGCAGGGCCCUGCAGACUGGAGACCUGGACACUGCAGAACAAAGCUUUGCAGCCGCGCUCAAGUCUGUCCAUAUCAAUGGUCAACACGGGAAGGAGGCAGAGCCUCUGUGCAAGCUAGGCGAGGUCUAUCUGAAGAGAGGAAUCCAGUCAAAGGACGGGGGUGAUUUCACCAAGGCUGCAGCACUCUGUAAUGCAGCACUGGUAAGGUCAAGGAGAGACGAUAUAAACAAAGCAAUUAAAGAGAUAGGUGAAUUAUUUGUUAAGGAAGUAUUGAAGAUAGUUGUUCGAUACAGUGACGAUACAGAGAAACACAAAUUGAUGUUGAUGGCUGAUAGGGACUACGUCCAAAAAGAAAUCAAAAUAAUUGAACAAGAGGUAGAUCCAUAUAGCCUUGAUGACAAUGACCCAAAGAUAAAAGAAGUGGAAAUGAAGAGAGUGGAAGCGAUCAAAACAUUGUUUCAGACACUUGUUGAUCAGCGUAAAAUGUUCAUAGCUGGCCUUGUAGAUGAAUGUGUAGAGGUAAUGGGCCCUCCUCCCUGUAAGUACGCCAUGAUAGGUUUAGGUUCACAAGCCACAGGAUUGGUAACCCCGUACUCUGAUCUGGAAUUUGCCAUUUUGGUAGAGGAGGAAACCGAAUAUAAUGUUAGUUAUUUCCGCAACCUCACUCAUUAUCUGCAUCUCAAAGUGAUAAAUCUGGGAGAGACCAUUCUCCCUGCCAUGGGGAUUAAGUCUCUGAAUGAUUUCUACUCAGACGACCCACUGGACAAGUGGUUUUAUGACUCAGUAACACCGCGCGGCUUUGCCUUCGAUGGAGCCAUGCCACAUGCAUGCAAGACUCCCUUGGGCAGGGGUAGAAACAGCACAGGAACAAGUGAACUCAUCCACACACCAAGUAAUAUGACCAACAUCCUAAAAGACGACCUCACGUUCCAUUUAAAGAAAGGCUACCAUCUUGCAUAUAUACUGGGAAAUGUGUCUUUUAUCGCAGGAGAACAGGGCUUGGUAGAUGAGUACAUGUAUUUAUGGACGCAGCAACUCGAAGAAAGUAACGGGGAAGUUCAGUUGGUAAUGGCAAAAACUGACCUCAGUGAGAAUGAACCUAUCUUUCAAACUAAGUCUCACACGGCCGGUCUGCUAAAUGUAAAAAAGGAAAUAUAUCGAUUUUCGAGCCUUGCGGUGUCCUCUUGGGCACUACUUCAUAACAUACAACCGACUACAAUCUGGGAGACAAUCCAGAACCUAAGGGACAAUGGAGUCGUCAGUGGCAAGAACGCACAUCACUUGAUGGUGCUGGUCAGUAUCUCAGCAGAACUGAGGCUGCGGACAUACAUGAACAACCGUGGGCAGGUGGAGAACAUGUCAGCCUUAUCGUCAAUGUCGACCGAUACGGACAUUGAGGAGAAAUUACAGAAAGUGUUUUACAUCUCAAAUACAAAACAGCUUAUGAGAUACUAUUACACAGAAAGACCACUGAGGCACUUUAUUUCACAGCUGACCGACACUCCGUUGAAAGAAUCAUCAACCUUCUUUGACAAUUCCUCAGAGCUGAAAGCGGAGGUAUAUAAAAGUCUAUGCGAUUUCGAAAAUGUUAAGACAUGCUCAGAACAAACACUACACAAGUAUUUAUCUAAAUAUGGUGAAAAUACCGCACACAGUGAUAUUGCCGACACACUUAGAAACUUGGCUUACGCUUUGAAUUCCCUUGGUGAUCACGAAAAGGCCCUUAGCUAUUAUGAACAGGCAUUACAGAUGUACCGGAGCAUCUACGGUGAGGACACUGCACAUCCUGACAUCGCCGCCUCACUAAACAACUUAGGUGGAGCCUGGAGAAACCUCGGUGAUCACAAAAAGGCGGUCAGCUAUCAUGAACAGGCACUACAUAUGAACCGUAGUAUCCAUGGUGAGGGCACUGCACAUCCUGACAUUACCUGGUCACUUAACAACCUGGGUAACACAUGGGGUGACCUUGGAGAUCACAGAAAGGCAGUUAGCUAUUAUGAACAGUCACUUCAGAUGGAUCAGAGUAUCCAUGGUGAAGACAAUGCACAUUCUGACAUCUCCCGGUCACUUAACAACUUGGGUACCACUUGGAGCGACCUUGGGGAUCACAGAAAGGCGAUAAACUAUUAUGAGCAGGUACUACAUAUGGACCGGACUAUCUAUGGUGAAUACACUGCACAUCCUGACAUCGCCAGCUCACUUAACAACAUGGGUGGCGCAUGGAGAGAGCUUGGUGGUCAUAGAAAGGCGGUCAGCUAUCACGAACAGGCACUGCAGAUGAGGCGAAGUAUCUAUGGGAAAAACAGCGCACAUCCUGACAAAACUGCGCAUCCUGACAUCGCUAGAUCACUUAACAACUUAGGUAACGCUUGGGGUGACCUUAGUGACCACAAAAGGGCGGUAUGGUAUUAUGAACAGGCACUAAAGAUGAGUCGGAGUAUCUAUGGUGAGAAUACUGCACAUCCUGAUAUCGCCGACUCACUUAAUAACUUGGGUGCAGCUUGGCGCUUUCUUGGUGAUAACGAAAAGGCGUUUAGCUAUAGUGAGGGAGCACUACAGAUGUACCGGAGUAUCUAUGGUGAGAAUACUGCACAUCCCGAUAUUGCCAAUUUACUUAGCAACUUGGGUGCAGAUGGGGGCGACCUUGGUGAUCACGAAAAGGCUUUUAGCUACCAUGAACAGUCACUACAGAUGAGGCAGAGUAUCCAUGGUAAGAACAUUGCACAUCCUGACAUCGCCAGCUCACUUAGCAACUUGGGUAACACAUGGGAUGAUCUUGGUGAUCACAGAAAGGCCGCCAGCUAUUAUGAACAGGCACUUUAUAUGAUGCGGAGUAUCUAUGGUGAGAAUACUGCACAUUCUGACAUUGCCGACUCACUUAAUAACUUGGGUGGAGCAUGGGACGACAUUGGUGAUUACCGAAAGGCGGCCAGCUAUCAUGAACAGGCCCUACAGAUGUACCGUAGUAUCUAUGGUGAGGACACUGCACAUCCUGACAUCGCCAGCUCACUUAACAACUUGGUUGGAGCUUGGAGCGACCUUGGCGAUCACAGAAAGGCGCUUAGCUAUCAUGAACAGUCACUACAGAUGCACCAUAGUAUCCAUGGUGAUGACAUUGCACAUCCUAACAUCGCAAAAUCACUUUACAACGUGGGUAACGCCUUCAGUAACCUUGAGGAUCACAGAAAUGCGGUCAUCUAUUAUGAACAGGCACUACAGAUGAUGAGGAGUAUCUAUGGUGAGGACACUGCACAUCCUGACAUUGUGAACACGCUUUACAACUUAAGCCUCGCCUGGGGAGAUCUCGGCGAUAACAGGAAGGCCACGAACUAUCAACAACUGAGUGAAGAAAUGACAGAGAUCAUUUUCACUUCAGAUGAGUAAUCAGCAGCAAACCUUCCGGUCCCCUCCUUAGAGUUUGUUAAUAACCUCUCCUACCAAGGGAUGAUUUUGCUUGAUAAUAUUUUGCAAAGAUGUCAGAUUCUUGGCCUAGACAAGUCAGUGCUGUCACAUUAGUGGCCACAAUGAUAGCUUCUGAAAUGAAAGUUAUGAGUUGACUUUUACUCUAACUUGGUUGCUGUACAGGAUGACAUUGUUUGAUCCAUGUUACUGUUAGAUUUGGGCGAUAAUCAGUGUGCUUUAAUCUUGUUGACGACGAAAGAAUGUACAAGGGGUGGUCAAUAGGUUUGUGGCCUCCCCCAAACAAUAAGGUGAAGAACCCAAACUUCCGGUAAUUAUUGUUAAGUAUAAAGCCGCGUUAACUAACGUCUACCAAAAUUUGAAUCAUUGCGAUCAUUAGUUUGCAGGCGAAGUGCAGUAACGUUAUAAGUGAGGGAGAAGAAGAAACAUGAACAAUUGAGUUUUGACUUGAGGUGUGCGGGUCAACUUUCUCUGCUGAAAGUCAGAUAACCAGUCCUCUGAGAAUGUUUUUGUUUAUUUAAUGGCAUGGCAUUUUACUAGCUCAACUUGAGGGAUCACCACUGGAAGAACACCUUAAUUAAGUAAUGAUAGACGUGUGAAAUGAUAGGAGGAAAAUAAAGGAGAGACUCGGGUUAAGAAAAAGAAAUUAAGUGUUCAAAAGACACCUUUAUCAAUGAGAUUUAGACUUGAGCACUUCGGUAUUAUGAAGUAACAAAUAAAAUGUUCCAGCAUAAGUCCUCGUGAUGCAACAUUGGCUGUUAAUGCCGUGUGCAGAGUUAUCCUCUUGUUUCUCAGAAAAUUUUUGUUUUGGAAGCAUUGGACUGCAGGGAGAACAACUAGUUUGCAACACUGUCUGAAAUGGAAUAAACAAGAUAUUGAUUGUACAUUGUAUAAUGGAGUAUUAGCUUACAUUAUGUUGCUCAAAGUUACUUUAAGGUCAGACUUUUCUCAGAUUCAUGUUUUGAUUUAAUAUUAUGCUAUUCUUCUUAAUCUAGAUGCUUUACUGUUUAAAAGUUUACUGUUGAAAAAUAUU